GCUUGGAAUCGUCGGGUCUGACAGUAGAAUUAGCCCGAGGGCCGGUGCCCCCUUUCCUCAGAUCCCGAAUGUUACUGGCAUCCGUUGAACUGGAAAGAGUUCCGCUUCAUCUUUUAGGAAGAGAAUGGAGGGGAUCAGGGUCGGUGAAGAACCUGAGCCUGACUAGUGCUACCUACCAUCUCACCUCCGGCGGGUGGUUGACCUUCACCCGCUUUGGGGCCAAAAGAGUAAUCUUAGAGAAGAUUAACUAGCGCUAAGCAAAGGAGCAGCCAGCCUGGAAGCCACUGUUUGGUGAAUUAACAUAUUAUAGGAAUUUACGGUAGAAAGAUGGCAAAUAACUGUGGAGCCUCUGAUCCAUGGCAAGAGUGUAUGGACGUGGCAGUUGCUGUUGCCCGGAAAGCUGGUGCGGUUAUUUGCGAAGCUUUGAAAAAUGAAAAAACUGUUCAGAUUAAAAGUUCUCCCGCAGACUUAGUGACUGAGACUGAUCAAUAUGUAGAGAAAAUGAUUCUGGGUACUUUAAAGGAAAAAUUUCCUUCUCACAGCUUUAUUGGUGAAGAGUCAGUUGCAGAUGGAGCAGCAAGUAUACUUACAGACAAUCCCACGUGGAUAAUUGAUCCCGUUGAUGGGACCACUAAUUUUGUCCACAGAUUUCCUUUUGUAGCAGUUUCUAUUGGAUUUUAUGUGAAUAAACAGAGUGAAAUUGGUGUUAUAUAUAGCUGUGUGGAGGACAAGAUGUACACAGCUCGAAGAGGGCAAGGAGCAUUUUGCAAUGGGCACCAGUUGUGUGUUUCUAAACAGGAAAAUAUAAGCAAAGCUCUUAUUGUAACUGAGCUUGGAUCUAAUCGCACACCAGAGAUUGUGAAGACGGUACUUUCAAACAUGGAGAAAUUAAUUUCUAUUCCAAGCCAUGGAAUUCGAGCUUUAGGAUCUGCAGCAAUAAACAUGUGCAUGGUGGCAUCUGGUGGUGCGGACGCCUACUAUGAAAUGGGUAUUCACUGCUGGGAUAUGGCAGCAGCUGCACUCAUUGUCACAGAGGCUGGUGGUGUUGUGGUGGAUAUAUCAGGAGGCACAUUUGAUCUGAUGUCACGCAGAAUGAUUGCUGCAAGUACCAAGGCAAUUGCAGAAAGGAUUGCACAGGAAAUUCAAAUAAUCCCUUAUCAGAGGGAUGAUCAGGAAUAAUGAUAAUGAAAUGUAUUUCUUAAAAGUUUAUUAUAUGUAAUCCAAUUUAAAUAGAUGUUCAUAUUGUCUGCGUAUGUACUAAGAAUACUUGAACCCGGUAAGUGAAAAUGAUAAAUUGGUCAGGUUCAGUAUCUGAUAUGAAUGUGCUUGUAGCACAGUUUCAUUGAAUAUUAUAAAUGUUAUCAAUAUUCUACCAAAAAAAAAUCCUGCUUCUGCUGAAGUUGAUGGAUUAGAGUAAUAUAAUUAAAAUUUGGAUCUUUACUAUCA